CCCCGCCCGCCCGCCACGUACGUCUCCCGUCCCGGCUCCUUUCCAUGGUUCCCGGCGUGACUGGAGCCGCCCGCCGCCGCCGCCCCCGCAGCGCGGCGCCGACCGCCGGUGGGAGGAUGCCGCAGCGUGCCGGGGGCUGACCCGCGGAGCCACCGGCCGCGGAGAGCGGGACCCCCGCCGCCCACCCAUGGUCCCCGCUGGCCGCCGGGGCAGCCCCCCGUGAGGAGGGCAGCGGGCACAGCAGCACCGUGGCCGCCGUGCCCCCGCCGUGCCCCCACCAUGACGAGCCUCUUCCGCCGGAGCAGCAGCAACGGCGGCUCCCGCGGCGGCUCCUCCGCCCAGGAGCUCAACAACAGCCGCCCCACCAGGCAGGUCCGACGGCUGGAGUUCAACCAGGCCAUGGAGGACUUCAAGACCAUGUUCCCCAACAUGGACUACGACAUCAUCGAGUGCGUCUUGAGGGCCAACAAUGGCGCCGUGGACGCCACCAUCGACCAGCUCCUGCAGAUGAACCUGGACGGCAGCGGCUGUGACGACAGCUCGGACUCGGAGGACAGCAUCCCCCCCGAGAUCUUGGAGCGGACCCUGGAGCCGGAUAGCUCGGAUGAGGAGCCCCCUCCCGUCUACUCCCCUCCUGCCUACGAGAGCCAGGCGUUCAGCAGCCGCUACCCCCGUGCACCGCCCACCCCCCCCCCGGGGACGGACGUGCCAGGCCCCGGCAGCACCCCGGCACCCGGGCACUACAGGAACUGGAACCCACCGCUCCUGGGCAACCUCCCCGAGGAUUUCCUCCGCAUCCUGCCCCAGCAGACGGCCAGCACGCAGGGCUCCCACGGCUGCCGGCAGCCCCUGCCGAGGGGGCUCGUCCCGCGGGGCCAGGGCUCCCUGGAGCAGGAGCGGCGCUGGAAGCAGUACCUGGAGGACGAGCGGAUCGCGCUCUUCCUGCAGAAUGAGGAGUUCAUGAAGGAGCUCCAGAGGAACCGGGAUUUCCUCCUUGCCCUGGAGAGAGAUCGAUUGAAAUAUGAGUCCAAAAAAUCCAAGUCGAGCAGUGUUGCUGUCAGCAACGACUUUGGGUUCUCCUCCGUAUUAUCAGGUGAUGUAGCCCCCUCUGUAACCAGCGAGGCCGGCGGUGCCGUGUCUGACGAUGCCUUAUUCCGAGACAAAUUGAAACACAUGGGGAAAUCCACGCGCAAGAAGCUGUUUGAACUCGCCAGAGCCUUCUCCGAGAAGACGAAGAUGAGAAAAUCAAAAAGAAAACACUUGUUGAAGCACCAGGUGAUGGGGACGGCGGCUUCCACGGCAAAUCUCCUGGACAACGUGGAAGGCCAUGGAUAUGAUGAAGACUUCCAAGCACGGAGGCAACAGCUCCGGGAGGAGGAGGAGACGCCGAAGGAAGGGCAGUAAAUGGUCCCAGCACUGGGGUUUCUUGCUGGCACAGGACGUGCAGGAGGCUUCAAGAGGAGAUGGCUGGAAAAGAGAAAAACCCACCCAACAAAUCACCCAGAUUUUGGCUGUUCCCCCUCCACUGCUGUACUCCUCCGAAGUACAAGUAUUGAAGUGAGGCACAGUGUUUUCUUACCAGCGGUUUGAAAACAACGUUUUCUAUCCAGAAAAUCAGCCAAAAAGGAAAAAAAAAAAAAAAGAAAAAAAAAGGAAAAACAAAGUGGGCAGCUGCUGCGAGCGGCUGUGGAGGAGCCAGCGGAGCUCAGAGCGGGGAGGAGCAGGCCCGCCUGCUCUCUCGGUCCGAGGAGGAAUGAAAUCAGUCGUACUAACGAGGAUCCAUUCACACGUGGGGUCUGCGGGGCCGGAGCACUCCUGAACAUAUCUGUAGUGGUCUGAUGCAACUUCACUCUGCGCACACCGGAACAAAAACCACGUGAGAAAGGGAAGCUAACAGCCGUUGUCUAUUAUUGCUAGGAGUAAUGAGCAGAGAUUCAGAUCAGGUAAUAGUCAAAUAAUAUAAAUUGUUUAUAAAGGAAAGGCCUUCUUUUCCUAGGCGUUUCACUUUGAAUUAAACCUUUGCCUUCAGCAUUGCUACAACUGCCUUGAAGUUGGGACGCUUUGUGCCGCCGCGGGGCAGCACCAAGGGCUGGAUUUCGCACCAGUUUAACCCUCUCUGAUGGAGCAGGACACGACCCACGGGGUUUGGGGUGCUGGGGGUGGACCUGGAGCCUGGAAGCUUCAGCGAUGCCCCCGCUGUAGGUGAGAGGCAAAGCCCAAGCCGGGUGUUUGCAAGGCUGGUGGAGGUGUUUUCAGCACGGAGAGUUUGUACAAGGGCUUGGGGACACUGCUGGGUCUGGUGUGGGGCAGGAGCAGAGCCCCUUCCUCGUGCCCACAGCGCCGGAGUCGCUGCAGCUCUCGGAGAUGCUGUCAGGCUAAAAAUAAUUACAUAAACAAAUUCCUUCGCUGUGUAA